GAAGAACUACAAAAGGAGUUGAUUUGAGAAGACCCAGUGUUGCAAAAAUGACUUCAAGUUGUGUGAUUCCAGUGUUUGCUUUGAUGAUUUUCUGUUUAGCAGCUGCAGGUCCUGUGCCUAGGAGUGAAUGUGUGUUAUCGGCUGUCAACAGUUCCCACCCAGUUCAUGCCUUGCUGGAGAGCUUUACCGUCUUAUCUGGUUGUGCAAGCAGAGGCACAAUGGGCCUACCGCAGGAGGUGCACAUCCUCAACCUCAGAAAUCCAGAGGAAGGUCUUGGCCAUCAUGAAAAAGAGGUCACGUUACAUUUGAAUCCUAUUUCCUCAGUGCACGUUCACCAUAAGCCUGUGGUGUUCCUACUGAACUCUCCUCAGCCCCUGACCUGGAAGCUGAAAACAGAAAGAUUGGCAUCUGGAGUCCGAAGAUUUUUCUUCGUAUCUCCAGGUUCCAUUGUUCAAUUUGAGAAGGGAAAUUUCUCCUUGGCAACAGAAACCGAGGAAAAGCCUUUCCCUCAGGGAAAUGAACAUCUGUUACAGUGGGCCCAAAAGGAAUAUCGAGCAGUCACGUCUUUCACUGAACUCAAAAUAUCGAGAAACAUUUACAUCAAAGUGGGAGAAGAUCAAGUUUUUCCUCCCACAUGCAACAUAGAAAAGAAUUUCCUCUCUCUGAAUUACCUUGCGGGAUAUCUACAACCAAAGACAGCGGAGGGGUGCCUUAUGUCUGCCACAGACCAAGAAAGAGAGGUUCAUAUAAUUGAAUUAAUCACUCCAAAUUCCAAUCCCUACAGUGCUUUCCAGGUGGAUAUAAUCAUUGACAUUAGACCAUCUCAACCAGACGUCAUGCUUGUCAGGGACCUCAUACUUAUCCUCAAGUGUAAAAAGUCUGUCAAUUGGGUUAUCAAGUCACAUGAUGUUCAGGGAAAACUGGAAGUGAUUGCACCAAACAGUAUUGGCUUUGGAAAAGAAACGGAACGAUCUAUGAUUAUGACUAAAUUAGUAAUACCUGAUAUUCCCUCAUCUCAUGAGAAUUUGAUUAAGUGGGCUUAUGACCAUGGCUAUAGCCCAGUUACUUCCUACACAAUAGCCCCUGUGGCUAAUAGGUUCCAUCUACGACUUGAAGACAGUGAAGAGAUGAAUGACGAAGACCACCCUUUUCUUCCCCCAGAGCUGACCGAACUGUCAGAUAACCCUCUGCCUGCUUUGAAGGAGCCCACAUUAAGCGACGGCCUGGGUUUUCCUUUUCACAUUAACAGAGGAAGGCACGAUAAGGUGGGAGAAGGAAUUUCCUUACCAAGGGAUACAGAAGACACAAUAAUGAGUCGUUUCUAUGAGCAACUGCUUCAAGAAUCUGAAGAACCUGAAGAGGUGCAGGGAAGCAUUGAUGUAGCCCUCUCAGUAAAAUGUGAUGACAAAAUGAUGACUGUUGCAGUAGAAAAAGACUCCCUGCAGGCUAAUGGUUACACAGGGACAGAACUCUCACUACUAGAUCCUGCCUGUAAAGCGAAGAUGAAUGGUACCCAUUUCAUUUUGGAAUCUUCGUUGCACAGCUGUGGGACUCAACAGAUAGACUAUGCCUUGGAUAACAUAGUUUAUUUUAACUCUAUUGUUAUUCAGCUGUCAUCACCAGUGGAAAGUAGUGGUUGGGGAAUUGAUGAUGAAGAUGUCGAAUCUGGUGAUAAUGGAUUUCUAGGAGACACUGAUGAAGCAGAUGCUACCUUUCCAAGCAGGCCUGAAAUAGUUGUGUUUAACUGCACACUCCACCAGGCAGAGGGUGGCAAACGCUUACCUAAUCCUGCGCCUCCUGAACCCCGCAUCAGCAAUGUGACCUUCAACAUGGAGCUUUAUAAAACAGACCUCUUCUUCGCUCCCUUACAAGGACUCUUCUCUGUUGCUGAGAAUGGGCAGAUUUACGUUGAGGUUUCUGUGACGAAAGCUGACAGAGCCCUGGGUUUUGCGAUCCAAACAUGUUUUGUUUCACCAUAUUCAAACCCUGAUAUGAUAUCUGAUUACACCAUCAUAGAAAACAUUUGUCCUAAAGAUGAAUCUGUUAAAUUCUACAAUGUCCAGAAGGUGAACUUUCCUAUACCACAUGCACAGAUGGACAAAAAGAGGUUUAGCUUUGUGUUUAAACCUAUAUUCAACAUCUCAUUGCUCUUUCUUCAUUGUGAGCUGACUUUGUGUACAAAUAAAGAAAAAGACACUCAAGGACUGCCGAAGUGCAUUCCUCCUGAUGAAGCCUGCACCUCGCUCAAUGUUGAUAUGAUCUUGGCCAUGAUGCACAAUAAGAAAACUUUCACCAAGCCCCUUGCUGUAAUAACCCAUGAAGAAAAGCCAAAAGGUCCACCUACUCACAAGCCAAAAGGCAAUGGGAUGCAGCCACCAGUUUUCUAUGGUCUGGACACUCUGACCGUUGUGGGCAUCGCCUUUGCAGCAUUUGUGAUUGGAGCACUGCUGACAGGAGCACUGUGGUUUAUCUAUUCUCACACAGGGGAAACAGCAGGAAGACAGCAGGUCCCCACAUACCCACCAGCCUCUGAAAACAGCAGUGCCGCACACAGUAUCGGCAGCACACAAAGCACCCCCUGUUCUAGCAGCAGUACAGCCUGACCCAAGGGGAAAUAAG